AAUUGGUUGCAUGGUCUAUUUAUUUCUGAUCUCCCUUCUAGGCAGCUCUGGUGAACUGAGUGUUUUGCACCUCUUUGUAACAGAAAAAUCACCAUGUGGUCUCUCCUUGGCUGCUUCCUCCUCGGUGCUUUCCUAGCCACAGGUACUUGUCUUCAGUGUGAGGUGUGCUAUGGUGGAGGCAGCAACUGUACUGGAGAAAUGAAGACUUGUGGUGCUGGUCAAGAUACCUGCAUUAUCAGUCUGAUGGAGUAUUUACAACCUCCCAUGACAAUCACAUCUGUCGCUAAGGACUGCGGCUCAUCCAGCUUCUGCAAAAUUGGUGCUGAAGAGAUAAAUCUUGGGAGUGGAGUGUGGUUGAGAUCAAAUAGGGUCUGCUACAAGGAUAAUCAAUGUGGAACAGCCUCACUUCCUGGUAUGUACUGUCUUGUCUAUAAGAUCAAGAAACUUGAAUGGCUGCCCUCUAAUUUGAUGGCUGACCUUCCAUUUCUCUCCAUAGUGCUGCCACCAUCAGACACCAAACCCAAUGGUCUCCAGUGUUCUGGCUGUGUUGGGAUGUUUUCCACCAAGUGCAAUGAAAAGCCUGUUGCCUGCAAUGGAGAAGAGACCAAGUGCAUCAACAUUGCUGGGAGCAUCACAGCGGUUCAGACCAUGGAUAUUUCCUUCAAGGGAUGCGCUAAUGAGGCUUUCUGUACCAUGCUCAAUUUGGGGCCAAGAAUGUUUGCAGGAAUCAGUGUGGAUCUGACUAAGGCUGAAUGUAAUGCAGCUUUUUCCACCAAAGCUCUGUAACCAGCUGACUCUUACAUCGCAGAAUGUCAUUGCCGCACCACAUCUUUCUUAUCUAAAUAGCUUGCCCUUCUUCACAUGCUGACUUUCUUGUUGAGUAGUUGAUUAGCUUCUCACAAAAUCAAAUCAAAUCAAAAAAUAAAUAAAUAACUGAAGAACUUGAUUAUAAAUACAUCCUUGCAGUGCAAUACCUGUGUCUACCACUUGAGACAGCAUAUGCUCCUUUAGAAAGAAUCCACCAAUAUAAUAGAGAGGGAGAUUUUUUUUUGUAUGGCAGUUUAAACUCUUCCUUGAGUUUAAAAAUCAAGUGGGUAAAUGACCAGAUCAACAGGGAAUCACGUUGGAUAUUCUCUCUGUGUGUGCGAAAAUCAUUUGUUCCAGAAACAGAGAAGAAGUUUCAAGAAGCAGCAGAUAGCUG